UUUUUACAGUACCCUGCCCUUUUAACAGCACACUGUCCUUUUUACAGUACCCUGCCCUUUUUACAGUACGCUGUCCGUUUAAGCAGUACCCUGCCAUUUCUACAGAGCCCUGUCCUUUUUACAGUACCCUGUCCGUUUUGCAGUACCCUGCCCUUUUAGCAGCAUCCUGCCCUUUUAUCAACACCCUGCCCUUUUUACAAUACCCUGCCCUUUUAGCAGCAUCCUGCCCUUUUUGCAGUACCCUGCCCUUUUUACAGUACCCUGCUCUUUUAGCAGUACCCUGCCCUUUUUACAGUACCCUGCCCUUUUAACAGCACACUGUCCUUUUUACAGUACCCUGCCCUUUUUACAGUACGCUGUCCGUUUAAGCAGUACCCUGCCAUUUCUACAGAACCCUGUCCUUUUUACAGUACCCUGUCCGUUUUGCAGUACCCUGCCCUUUUAGCAGCAUCCUGCCCUUUUAUCAACACCCUGCCCUUUUUACAAUACCCUGCCCUUUUAGCAGCAUCCUGCCCUUUUUGCAGUACCCUGCCCUUUUUACAGUACCCUGCUCUUUUAGCAGUACCCUGCCCUUUUUAUAGUACCCUGCCCUUUUAGCAGCACCCUCCCCUUUUACAGUACCCUGCCCUUUUUUAAACCUUGCUAUACCUUAAGUAAGAAAGACCACUACGCUACACAUUCUAAGGAGUUAUCAAGACAGGAUAUCUUCCCUUAUUUGUUAAAAUAAUACAUUACUAUGUAUAAAGACUAUAUAUUUUAUCUCGGACCAAUAACAAUCCUACUUCCAGAUAUAUAUUCAGUGCUCCAGCCAGGAUUUGACAAGGGUAGGGUGCUGGUCAAAACAGGCACUUUUAAUGUGCAUUGAAUGAGCCUUAAUGGGGGCACUUUUAAGGGCCAAUGUGUAAUUCAUUUUGUGUAUGUGUUGUAACUACAUUCAAUAGUAAUUGUUUGUUAUAAAAACCUUAGCUGGUAUCUUUACCUAAAUGUCGAAUCCUGUAAAUGGCAGCACGGCUAAAACACGGUAUUUGUCCAUUUUAUAUUUUUUGGUUGUUAUACAUAGAUUGAAGGAAAGUGUGUGAUUUCAAACUUAAUUCUUUGCAGCCAAAGCAUGUAACCUAGUCCACUCCUGCUGGCCUCCAAAUUUCAAGUGAAAAUAUCAAUUUGUAUUCGAGUAACAGCAAAAAACAUAUCCCAAAAAUGGCCAUUUUCAAGCGUUAUGCUGUCUCAUUUGAUUUUUUUAUAUAUUCAAACUGUUAUAUAUCUAUUUUGCAUGAUGAUUUGGAAAAAAUGCAUUACCUCAGCUUAUAGAAAAUUUCAAGUGCUAAAUUUUGGUGGGUAAAUCAAGAAAAUAGACAAAUUAUUACAGAAAAUAUGACUUAUUAACAUAAAGUGGUGCUUUUGCCAAUUUUUCAAAAUCACAAUAAGUAUCCCUUGUUAUAUGCAUGAAAAACAUUGAAAAUUCACCCAUUUACAAGUGAUAACUGUUUUGUAAGACUGAUUAUUAAUCAAACUUCCAAUUUUUUGUUGCUUUGGGCAUUCAUGAUUCACAUUCUUAAAAAGAAGGAGGUUCACCUGUAAGAUUUUCAGGGUUAAAAAAUCUGUAGAGUCCGUAACCAUGGGUUUGUAUCUACAUAUGUAUUAAUGACAGAAAUGUGGCAUUCCACAAAUAAAAACCUCUGUAUGAGUAUGUUUAAUGGCUGAAAUAUUUUUGGAAUAUUUUGAUUUUAAGUUGCAUUUUUUUACAUAUUUAAUGUUACGGACACUACAAAAUCUGCCUUCAAAUUUUGAUUUGAAAUUUCCAUUGUUUUCAAUAGCAUAUUUCCUUAUAUUUUUUCAUGGUAAAAGCAAUUUUUUUAUUGCAUCAUCUUUUAACUAUUGGAAAAUACCAAUAAAACGGCUGAUGCAACAAUAUUUAUGAUGAAUUAUUGCAUCAUCCAAAACAACCGCCUUUCUAAGAAAUACAACAGUCCAGCUGUAAUGAUGGAAUCAGCUAAGAAAAUGGCUUAUUUUGGGUAAUAGUCGGUCAGAUUCCAGCAAGAAGUCCUUUCAAAUGGAAAACACUAAAGGUGUUGGUUCCAGUGAUGCUCUAGAAGAGAGCCGAAAAUCAUCACUGCGAUCCCGGAAACUUGAAAAAAAUGCUGAAAUGAAUGCUGAAAAGAAUGAAGACAUAGAAAAGAAGCAAAAGGAGAAAAACAGGCUGAAAGUCAAGGCAUGGAGAAUGCGUCAGAAAACAGAAAACUCCACAAAAUAUUCUGAAAUCAAAAAGAAAGACACAGAAAGAAAGAAGGAAGCUCGAAUGAAAGUGAAACUCAUGGCCAAUUCAGAUCCUGAAUUAAAAGCCUCCUUAAGAAAGAAAAAAGCUGAAGAAAUGAAAAGAUACAGACAGAGAAAAAAGAUGAAAACAACAUGUUCUUCUGAAGAUCCUGGUGUUAAAAAGAGUAAGAAACCGGCUCUGGAAGAAAAAAAGAAAAAAGCUGUGAAGCGAACACAAGCCUGGAGAAUGUGAAUUAAACUUAAGUCUCCUACAAUUCCAAUUGUUAACACAGUUGAUGAAAAUGACAGUCAUGGAGAAAGCAGACAGAACAAAAGUAACUUAUCCCGUGCAACAGUAUACAGACGAGCGCAAAUGGUGAAAGGCAUUCUGCCUAGGACACCAAAGAAGAAAGCCGCCAUUUUAAAGAAGCUUAUUGAGUCACCUUCAACAUCCAAAGUACUUUCUGACCAAGGAGUAACAAUGACACCAGCUUGUAAGAAGAAACUUGAAGUAGCAGAUGCUAUAGUGAAAUCCUUGAAAGAAAGUAUUUCCGAAGUAAACAUUGGUGUUCGAAAAGACAGAGAAAAGAAACAUGCAUAUGAUGUAAUACGUGAAUCAGUACUAAGGAAAUACAAAAAGAUCACAGUUAGUAAAUAUUUCAAUGUGUCUUACAAGACAAGGAAGAUGAGAAAUGAAUGGUGGAAAAAGAAACAGAGAAAAACAAGAUGUGAUGUGAUAAGUGAUCAUGUGAAACAAUCAGUGAAAGAGUUCUACCUGAGUGCUGAAAUUAGCAGAGAGGUGCCAUCCAAACGUGAUGUUGUUAGAAUCAAAACUCAGACUGGUAUGAAAGAAACACUACAGAAACAUGUGAUGACAAUGACACUAGAAGAAGCACACAAGUUAUACAAAACAAGAAACCCCAAUCAUAAAAUAGGACUUACAUCAUUCAGCAAACUAAAACCAGUUAAUGUAAAGAAAGUGUCCGAGACAAGCAGACGGUCAUGCCUGUGCCAGACUUGUUGUAAUGUAGCCCUGAAAGUAGAAGCACUUACAACAUUGAAACGAGUUGUAAAAGAGACUGACAUGACAGAAGACAUUAAGAUUGAUAAGAAGAGUCUGAGUGAUGCAACAUUCUGCAGCUAUGAACAAGAGCCAUAUUUAAAAUGUGUGUCAAGAAAUUGUGAAAAAUGUGGAGUACAAGGCCUUCAAAAGUAUUUGGCGACUAUGGAAGAAAAGAACAGAGAUGGGAUGGUGUCAUGGUAUCAAUGGGAUAGCAUUGAAAUAAAGAAAUAUGACAAAGUAAAGCGCUGCGUAAAUCUGAAACAGAAUAUGGGCUUAAAUAUAUGAAGAAAGCUGGAAACGCAUAUGUGUGGCCUGAGAAGUCAGACGUUUCUCAGGAGCCAACAGAACAUAUCAUUUCAAAGCUAGAAGCUCCUGAACUUGUCAAUGAAAGAGGUCAUUUUAAAUUCAAUACACAGGAACUCAGCAAAGUUAAAGUUAAUCUGUUGAAAAUACACAAACAUGUGUAUUUUAAAUAGAAAAUGUUGAGCAUGUGUUGGUUCUUACAAUGUGUAGAGUCCGUAACCGUAGUGCAGUCUAUUUCUAUCUCAUACAAAAAAUAUGUUCUAUUGAUAUAAACAGCAGAAACUGACUAUACUUGAUAGGAAAAGUGUUUAUUUUAGAAAAACAAUGUGCUUGGGGCACUUGGUUCUACAAACUUUAAAAGUUACAGUUAAAGUUGUGUGAUCAUUUUUGUCAAUUUUUAGAGUUCAUCGCAACUGGGAUGAAAUAUGUUUUUUUUAUGCUUAUCUCAAGCAGAGAUUUUAUG